UAAUGCAUCGGGAGAAGCACAGCUGCACGUGGAAGUGCCAGACUCUAUCACUACGUGGAUAACUGAAGCUGUGGGUCUGUCUGAAGAGAAGGGGCUGGGCAUUGCCAGUCAGACAGAACUGAAGACAUUCAAACCUUUCUUCAUCGAUUUCACCCUACCGUACCACGUCAUCCGGGGAGAACAGACCAAAAUCCCAUUGACUGUCUACAAUUACUUAGCUGUCUGUGUAGAGGUCCACGUGAAGAUUUCUGUUCCAAAAGGCAUUAAGUUUGUUGGGCAUCCUGGGAAACACCAUCUGACCAGAAAGAAGUGCGUUGCCCCUGGGGAAGCUAAACCCACCUCUGUCGUUUUGUCCUUCAAUGAGCUUGGACUGAGCAACAUCACUGCAAAAGCUUUUGCUUACGGUGGAACUAACUGCUGUCAGGAUGGGAUGCAGACCUUAAAGAAUGGCAAGCACUCAGAGGACAAUUAUAUGGACAAAAGGACCCCAGUGGGAGCGGAUUAUGUUCGCAGUAGUGUUAUUAUUGAGCCAGAGGGACUGUCCAGAGAAUACACCUAUAGUGUGUUCUUCUGCCCAAAUGAGAAAAUACACAUUUCUACACCUAACAAAUACGAAUACCAAUACAUGCAGAAACCUGCCCAGAUGACACACUUUGACAUUGCUGUGAAAGCACACAAUGAUGCUCACCUGGCCUUGUCCUCUGGUCCUCAUGACAUGGCAGAGAUGACAGAGAUUGUUAUUGGUGGACAUCAAAAUACUAAAACAUGGAUUUCCAUAAGCAAAAUGGGUGAGCCGUUGGUCAGCAGGGACACAGCUGGUAUCCUGUCCUGGGAUGAAUUCCGCAGCUUCUGGAUCAGCUGGAAAAAUGGAAUUAUCCAGGUUGGCCAUGGUACUCGGGUGCUAAAUGAGUCUAUUAUUGUGGAGUGGACAGUCCCCAAACAGCUUGAGGUGAAGUACAUUGGCUUUUCCACAGGCUGGGGGUCCAUGGGAGAGUUUAAAAUUUGGAGAAAAGAAGAGACUGAUGAAAAUCACAAUGAAGCAUUUACUCUUGGAGUUCCCCACAACAUAAUUCCAGGAUCAGAAAGAGCUACGGCUUCAAUAAUAGGAGAUGUGAUGGGUCCCACACUGAACAACUUGGACAAUCUUUUGCGAUUACCGUUUGGAUGUGGGGAGCAGAACAUGAUCCAUUUUGCUCCUAAUGUUUUUGUCCUAAAAUAUCUUCAAAAAACAAAGCAACUCAGUCCUGAGGUGGAGAGUGAAGCUACUGAUUACCUUGUUCAAGGCUACCAGCGCCAGCUGACCUACAAGAGACAAGAUGGUUCGUACAGUGCUUUUGGCGAGAGGGAUUCCUCGGGGAGUAUGUGGCUAACAGCUUUUGUCCUCAAGUCCUUUGCACAGUCUCGUGGGUUUAUUUUCAUUGACCCGAAAGAACUAACAACUGCCAAAGACUGGAUCAUUCAGCAUCAGAAAGAAGAUGGUUCUUUUCCUGCUAUGGGCAGGAUACUAAAUAAAGACAUUCAGGGUGGAAUCCAUGGUAAAAUCUCCCUGACAGCUUAUGUGGUUGCAUCUCUUCUGGAAACAGGUGUAACUUCUGAGGAAGAAAGAGCAGCUAUUGAGAAAGCAAAACACUUCUUAGAGUCCAACUUGUAUUCAGCAGAAGACCCCUACACUACUGCCUUGACUGCGUAUGCCCUGACACUGCUGCACAGUCCCUCUGCUGCUGUGACGCUGCGGAAAAUGAACAGCAUGGCUAUUACACAAGAUGGCUUUACACACUGGAGCUUGACGGGAACUCUUGUUACUGAUGAAGAUACCUUCAUGGGAUUUAAUGAUGGUCUUUCUCAAUCAGUUGUUUCUGCAGAAGUGGAAAUGACCUCUUAUGCCCUUCUGACAUACACGCUCCUAGGAGAUGUGGCAUCUGCGCUCCCAGUAGUAAAAUGGCUUUCACAGCAAAGGAACGCACUUGGAGGAUUCUCUUCUACUCAGGACACAUGUGUAGCCCUGCAGGCUCUGGCUGAAUAUGCUAUCCUUUCUUAUGUUGGAGGAGUCAACCUUACCAUUUCCUUGGCUUCUACUAAUCUAGACUACCAGGAGACCUUUGAGCUUAACAAGAUGAAUAAGAAAGUCCUCCAGACUGCAGUGAUCCCCAGUAUUCCAACGGGGCUGUUUGUGAGUGCCAAAGGGGAAGGCUGCUGUCUGAUGCAGAUUGAUGUCACUUACAAUGUGCCUGACCCUAUUGCCAAGCCAGCCUUCCAGCUCCUGGUUAACCUCAAGGAGCCAAAGUCAGAGCAGCAUCUUCAAGCUCCAAAUCUCCCGCGAUCCGUCUCUCCAGAUGAGAAUCGCUCUGAAGCCUUGCACAGAGAGAGGGCAUUGGUGGAUGAUGAUGACCCAGCUUCAGAUCAGGACCAUCGGGAAUACAAAGUGAUACUGGAGACGUGCACUAGGUGGCUUCACUCUGGAUCUUCUAACAUGGCUGUCUUGGAAGUGCCCUUGUUCUCGGGGUUUCGUGCAGAUAUUGAGAGCCUAGAGCAGUUAUUGAUGAACAAGCAAAUUGGAUUAAAAAGAUAUGAAGUGGAUGGAAGAAAAGUCCUUUUUUAUUUUGAUGAGAUUCCUAGCCAGUGCAUGACCUGUGUAAAGUUUCAAGCGUUCAGAGAACAUAUAGUUGGGAAGACAGCUCCUGUUCCUAUCAAAGUGUAUGAUUACUAUGAGCCAGCUUUUGAAGCGACUCGUUUCUACAACGUGAGUGAAAACAGUCCCUUGGCUCGGGAGCUCUGUGAUGGGCCAACAUGCAAUGAGGUGGAAAGCUCAGCUAGCCAAUGGGUUGGGUUUGUUCACUCUGGACCAUGCAAUAACGUUUUUGGCUGCUUGGAGGAUGAGUAUUUUGAGCAGUGCAUGUGUUCGCGAGACUGUGGCUAUGAUGGGGAGCCUGUGUGUGGAUCAGAUGGACAGAUUUACCCGAACCAUUGCCAGAUGGAAGUAGCAUCGUGCAGGAAUAAUACGAGGAUAGAACAGAUGCCCAUGUCUCACUGUUCUGCCUCCAAGAAUUUGCCAGAAGGAAGGGAGACACACUCCCACACAGCUGAGCAACCCAGUGUUCAACAAACUCCAGCAGCAGAGGAAGGCCCUCCGCUACAGACAGAUCUGUCAUACUACUCCUAUGAAUACGACCCAGACUCCUAUGCAUCGGAAGCUGACGUUUUUGAGAUUGUGACAGAACUGACAACAGCAAGCACGUUAAAAGAAGUGGACAAGAUUCAGGAAGUAGUGACCACAGUAGAAUGAAAUAAAUAAUUUAAAGAGAAGAGGCUCAGAAUCAACAAACAAUGAGUUUGUUCCUACAGAUGACCUGCUGCAGAACAGAAACCGAACGAUGACUACUUCCUGAUGCACUCAGAACUGUAGGCUUUGCUGCCCCGCAGGGGGGGAACUGGAGCGCUAAGAGGGACACUCAGCCUUAUUUUUCUGUCAUUUUUCCUGCCAAUUUUCCUGCCUUUUGUGCAUCCUCUUUGGGUUACUUCCAAGGAUGGGAGACCAAUACGUGUGCCCUCUAGGUGAAAAAACAGGGGCUGGAAUUCAAACCUCUAGACCAUUUCAGAGUGUUUUCUCUACUAUCAGGAUACUGCAAUUGCCAUUUCCUAGCUACAUUUAGAAGCUAAGUCUAGGCCUUGUGCUUAGCUGAACUGCUGUUUGAGGAAAGAUGGCUGAGAAAUUUUCUCUCAAAUUAUAAUAAUAAAAAUCAGUGUGUUUUGCGAAUUAUGACAUAGCAAGAGGCUAAUCAUCUUCCCCAGCCCAUAAGUCUACUCUACCCACAACAAUGU